GGAAGUGACGUCGAGGCGUUCACGUCAUAACCGCUAGGUGGCCGUUCGGCGGAGACCGUUAGCGUUUAGGGCUACGAGGCUUCGUGCGUUUUAUUGAUUUUUACUGAACGGUAACCAUGCCGCGAGUGUACAUCGGCAGGCUGAGCUAUAACGUGCGAGAGAAGGACAUACAGAGGUUUUUCAGCGGCUACGGGAAGCUGUCGGAGAUCGAUCUGAAGAACGGGUAUGGGUUUGUGGAGUUUGAGGACACGAGUGACGCAGACGAUGCGGUGUACGAGCUGAACGGUAAAGAUCUGUGCGGGGAGCGUGUGAUCGUGGAGCACGCCAGAGGACCGCGGCGGGACCGGGAUGGAUAUGGUGGGGGUUAUGGGGGCGGCGGCGGGCGCAGCAGUAGUGGUUAUAGCAGCAGGAGCCGGAGCGGAAGAGAGAAAUAUGGACCUCCGGUUCGCACCGAGUACCGUCUGAUCGUGGAGAACCUGUCCAGUCGCUGCAGCUGGCAGGAUCUCAAGGACUUCAUGCGUCAGGCUGGAGAGGUGACCUAUGCUGACGCCCACAAAGAGCGCACCAAUGAGGGCGUCAUCGAGUUUCGCUCCUACUCCGAUAUGAAGAGAGCUGUGGACAAGUUGGAUGGCACUGAUAUCAACGGAAGAAAAAUCCGUCUUGUGGAGGACAAACCGAGACGACGUCGCUCCUACUCUAGGAGCAGGUCAAGGUCUCGCAGCCGACGCCGUUCUCGCAGCAGGAGUCGCAGGAGUUCACAAAGCCGUUCCAGGUCCAGAUCUCGCUCGAGGUCCCGCAGCAAGCACCGCUCUCGGUCCAGGUCUGGUCGCAAGUCACGCUCCAGGUCCAGGAGAAAGUCUCACUCCAAGUCCCCUACAAAGUCCCGCUCCAGGAAGUCAAAGUCCAGUUCCCGCUCGCAGAAGUCACGCAGUCGCUCCACCAGCCCCAAAUCCCGCUCUCGCAAGUCUCGCUCCAAGAGCCGCUCCAAAGCCAAGUCCGACAGAGACUCCAGGAGCCGCUCCAAGGAGAAGUCCGUCAGUAAGAGGUCCCGGAGCCGCUCGGCUUCUCCAAUGGAGAAUGGAAAUGGAGAGCGGGCCAAGUCCAGUUCCCGCUCCCCUUCUCCUAAAGAAGACCGGCGUCAGUCCGAGUCGCCCGGCAAGCGUUCGGUGUCUCGCUCUCCUUCACGUUCGAAGUCUCGUUCCCGCUCUCGUUCCCGCUCUCGCUCUGCCUCUCAAGACUAGUGCAGGAACGCGUCAUGCACAGUUCAGUGUUAACCCAUCAUUCACAGCCUGUGAACAUUCACCUAAUGCAGCCCAGUGUAGUACUGAUAAUGAGACGUGUCAAAUUAGAAUUGGUUUUCCUUUUUGACAUUACUUCUAAUAUUUUGUGUUUGUGUAAGCAUCGCUCAGGCUGUUGGUUGUGUUGACCUGCUUUGGUAUGGGGCGUCUUUUAAAGGUUGGGGAGGGGUGUAACAUUGCGUUAUAACUGAUAGAAUGCCUUCUUUUGCAGCUGUCUUUCUGUGAAGUUAAGAAGGGAUAGUUGAGCGGUUGGCUAUGAAAACGCUUGUGUAUAGUCCGUCAUAACUGUCUCUUGCUGAUAUUUUUCCUGAAAGCUUUUUGUUUCUUUUUUUUAUAUAUAUAUUACAAAGUUGAAUACAUCACUCCCAGUGUGAUUUCUGUGAUUGGUCUAAUGGGUUUUUGAAUGUUUUCCAAUGUUUUUAGUUAAAUAAACAUUGAAUUGUU